GAGACGUGAAUGUGAACGGCGGAGAGCGUUCAAGACUAAGGGGCCACAAUUACAUUGAAGGUGGACUGAAAGCAGAGAAAGCUGCGAAAUAAUUUCAAAAUUGAGGGAGCGUGUGUUCAGGACCAGCACGUCACCUGAAUGACGGAAUACGAGACAAUGAGGCGAGAGAGGACGACAGGAAUAAAAAGCGUCCAAGUCACGAGAGUGGAAACGCGAUUGCAAUGACGGACUGCGCAAGGGAGACGUAGAGGUAAAACGGAGAAAGUUGACCAGCUCAUUAGAGCUCAAACUACUGCAUGAAGAAGCGAGACAAAAAAACAAACAAAUGUACCCAGAGAGCUUCAUCUGAGAAGUACAAACUACAGUAAAGAGUGGGUUUUAUUUGGAGACAGAAUAAGAGAGACGGGAAACAUGGAAACGGAAGGGACCACAGAGGGUGCCUCGGGCUUGGCACACACUGCCGCUAUGAAAUUGUCCGAGAUGAGUGAAAGAACUAAACAGUUAGGUACUGCAAUUCAAGAUCCUGACCGACAGAGACGGAUUAUCCUAGUAAUUGUUUGUAUAGCACUAUUGUUGGACAACAUGCUUUACAUGGUUAUUGUGCCAAUCAUACCUGAUUACCUUGCAGAUUUACAGCAUGAGGCUGAUUAUGCCAUCGAACACCUAAGACAUACCAAUUCGUCCAACAUCACAAAAGUAACCAAAGGCAACUUCGAUUUACAGAUAGGUGUGCUUUUUGCGUCUAAAGCGAUAUUACAACUUUUAAUUAAUCCAUUGAGUGGCCCAUUCAUUGACCGAGUUGGGUAUGACAUUCCACUUUUCAUCGGACUGAAUAUAAUGUUUCUCUCCACCAUGAUAUUUGCCUUUGCCGAAAACUAUUGGACUCUGUUCUUGGCGCGCAGCAUGCAGGGCCUGGGCUCUGCGUUCGCGGACACUUCGGGCAUUGCCAUGAUCGCGGAUAAGUACACAGAAGAGAGGGAGAGGAGCAGAGCCUUAGGCAUAGCCUUGGCAUUCAUCUCUUUUGGGAGCCUUGUGGCGCCUCCCUUUGGUGGUGUCUUAUACGAGUUCGCAGGGAAGCGAGUGCCCUUCCUUGUCUUGGCCGCUAUCUGCUUAAUCGACGGGAUCCUGUGCCUAACUGUGUUAAAGCCCUUUUCCAACAGAACUAGGGAGAAUAUGCCCGUGGGCACCCCAAUGUACAAACUCAUGAUUGACCCCUACAUAGCCGUGGUGGCGGGUGCCCUAACCACCUGUAACAUCCCUCUGGCCUUCUUGGAACCAACCAUCGCCAACUGGAUGGAGGACACCAUGCACGCUACCCAGUGGGAGAUCGGCCUCACCUGGCUGCCCGCCUUCUUCCCGCAUGUCUUGGGUGUAUAUUUAACCGUCAAGCUGGCAGAAAAGUACCCUCACUUGCAGUGGUUCUACGGGGCAAUAGGUAUGGUAUUCAUCGGCGCAAGCUCUUGUACAGUACCAGCGUGUAAGAACUUUGGCCAACUGAUGAUCCCACUAUGUGGCAUUUGCUUCGGCAUCGCUCUUGUGGACACUGCGCUGCUGCCCACGCUUGGCUUCUUGGUGGACGUCCGCCAUGUGUCAGUGUAUGGCAGCGUGUAUGCUAUAGCAGACAUCUCUUAUUGCGUGGCAUACUCCUUGGGGCCAGUGGUGGCUGGACAGAUAGUGCACGACCUAGGCUUUGUUAAGCUCAAUUUAGGCAUGGGGCUCGCCAACGUCCUGUAUGCACCGGCACUCCUACUGCUAAAGAACGUGAGCCAGAUGAAACCGUCUUAUUCAGAGAGAGACAACCUACUGGAAGAUGGCCCCACCGGACUGUAUGAUACUAUUAAGAUGGAAGACCGCAAUAGAAAAAGGAAGGGUUUAAGUACCGCUGUUGACGAAAACGGAAUCGAAACCUUUGCUCACCGGCCAUACUCCGAGGAAGAAUCCUCAGGAGGAGAAUAUGCAUAAAUAGAUUAACAAAAACUGGUAGAAACUAGAAACAAAGUGCCCAUGCAGCGAUGUAACUAAUUUCGAACUCCAAUGAUCUAACCAUACAUAAUCUAAUAACGAUUGUGUAAACAGAAAACUCCUAAACAAUUCCCUGCAUCGCAAGACACAUUCAUUUGGACGAUGUCAUCUCAAAUUGCAUUCACAGUGGACUCCGAUAGUCACUGAAAUCGUUAUUCAUCUAUGCGUAAAAGUGUUGUAAAAGAUUUGUAAACGCUAUUCUCUGUUCAUAAUCAAUGUAUCAAAAUGGAUUCCAUGUCAGAGUUUCUGUGUAAAUUAGACAUAUUUUGUCAAGAAAAUAACCAAUAAAUGUAUGUUUAUCAGUAUCAUAUAAUCUAUAUUUAUUUUCCCAGAGUUGUGCUGCUAAAAUCAAUAUGCAAUAUGUCACAAGACACUUUCAUGAGGAUGAAAAUACAUGGAAC